CCCAACUAGGCUUUUGUUAAUUGGUUUUUGUUACACAACAAUUUAAGGAGGGUUUUGCGAGAAUCUUGCACUGACUAAAAAAGAUGGUUAUUUUCAAAGACCAUCAAAGGGUUGUUCCAUGGACUCGCUAAAUUUAACCAGCCAACCAGCCUGUCUGUUAACUUAAAUUGAUGGACAACAACUGCAUGUAGUUAACAAGCAUAUGAAUUUUUCUGUUUCAGACCCCUUUGACAGCCUCAGUUUAGUUGCAUAUUUCUCAAAAAGUUAAUUUUCAUGUCCAUCUCUCCUAUUCAGUUUCUUGGUAUGAGAUUUUCUCAAUGCCAUUACAAUUUUCAACACCUUCAACCACCUUUGAAAUCUUGUUCUGCUUCAACUUUUUUGACAGUGUUCAAGGAACAAUCCUUGACCCAAUGUAACAGAAACAUCUUUUCCCUACUUAUUAAUGGCCAAACCAUUACGUUUCAACCAUGUAUUAGUUACAGAAGCCAGAUUUUACAGGCAUUUCCUUUUCAAGAAAAUAUGAAAAUAUCAUACUUGUUGUCUUGAAAUGUCAAGGGGAUCUCAACAUCAACAUUUGCAAUUAAUCUGAAUCCAGAGUUUUUCUGGAAUUAAAAGGGAUUCAGAGAAGAAAUAUCAAUUCAUCAGGUUCUCUGGAAUUAAAUCUUUAUCAGUAAGGUGAGAAGCCAACUUCCUUAAACAGCUGGGCUAACCCUUAAGGUUAGUACUCGUACUCGAAAAUGCACGACCCAUUUCAAAUCUCAAAAUCGCCACCCUCGAUAGAGAAACAACCUGAGGAUCAGCCAACAAAUAAAGCUCCCCAUAGCUCUGUCACCUUAAUAUACGAAGCCAAUGUAGCAGAAUUCAACCGCAAUGUAAUAGUAACAUGGAACAAAAGCCUCAUCAAUUAUUCUCUCACCAUUAGCGUCGAAAACCUUUCAAAUGAAAACCAUUACACCUGCAAGAUCGAUUUAAAAACAUGGCAAUUCUGGGGUAGAAAGGGUUUAAAAUCCUUCCCAGUAGAUGGUGGAAAAGUAGAUGUUUACUGGGAUUUUCGGCGCGCAAAAUUCUCGAGCAACCCAGAGCCCUCCUCGGAUUACUAUGUGGCUCUUGUAUAUGAAGAAGAAGUGGUGUUAAUGCUUGGAGAUUCGAAGAAAGAUGCUUACAGAAGAACUAAAAAAAGACCAUCCAUGUUUGAACCUAUCUUGUUGUGCAAGAAAGAAAAUGUUUAUGGUAAGAAAAUAUUUUGCACCAAAGCAAUGCUGCAUCUCGGAAAUGAAGAACACAGAGAACAUGAUAUUGUCAUUGAAAUGUCAUCUGGGCUUGGUGAUCCUGAGCUAUGGAUUAGCAUCGACAGCUUCGAGGUAACUCAUGUUAAGAAUUUGCAUUGGAGAUUUAGGGGAAAUGAGAAAGUGAUCAUGAACAACGUGGUGAUAGACAUUUUCUGGGACGUGCACGACUGGCUGUUUGGUAGCCCUGCAUCUCAAACCUCAGGGCACGGUUUGUUUAUUUUCAAACCCGGAGAAUUAGACUACCAACCUGACUCUGAUACCAAUAGAAAUAGAAAUACCAAUAGAAAUAGAAAUACCAGUAGAAAUGGAAACAAUGUACUCUUUGAAGAUAAGUUGGGUCUUGGGUAUGACUCAUCAUCAGAAAUCUGGACACCCAGUUCAGGAUUUUUCCAUGUCGUCUACGCUUGGAAAUUAGAAUAA